AUGCAGUCGGCCAAAGCACACACAGAUCUGGCGAAGUACCGCGUCCUCUCGCCAAAAUGCGGGCUGCGCGUCUCGCCACUGCAGCUCGGUGCCAUGUCAAUCGGCGACGCAUGGGCGGACCAAUUGGGGUCGACGACCAAGGAGAAAUGCUUUGAGCUGCUGGAUGCAUUCUAUGAGGCGGGCGGGAACAUGAUAGACACGUCGAACAAUUACCAAGACGAGCAGAGCGAGAAGUGGAUCGGCGAAUGGAUGGCCGCGCGCAAGAACCGCGACAGCAUGGUUAUUGCGACCAAGUAUACGACCGACUACCGCACGCACGAGGUGGGCAAAAACAAGGCGCCCAAUGCCGUCGGCAGCCACAAGCGCAACAUGUUCCUCAGCCUGCGCGACUCGCUCGCCAAGCUGCAGACGGACUGGGUCGACAUCCUGUACGUCCACUGGUGGGACUGGACCACGAGCAUCGAGGAGAUCAUGGACGGCCUCGACAUCCUCGUCAAGCAGGGCAAGGUCCUGUACCUCGGCAUCUCCGACACCCCGGCCUGGGUCGUGGCCGCGGCCAACACGUACGCGACGGCCCACGGCAAGACGCCCUUCGUCAUCUACCAGGGCCGCUGGAACGUUAUGCGCCGCGACCUCGAGCGCGAGGUGCUGCCCAUGGCGCGCCAGUUCGGCCUGGCCAUCGCGCCGUGGGACGUGCUGGGAGGGGGCAAGUUCAAGACCAAGGAGCAGAUCGAGCAGCGCCAGCGGGAGGACGGCGGGACCUUGCGCAGGAUGUUUGGGGGGCCCGGCACCAUCAGCCCAGACGAGGAGGCGUACAGCGCCGCGCUCGAAAAGGUGGCGGGCGAGGUGGGCGCGCCGAGCCUGCAGGCCGUCGCGCUGGCCUACGUCCUGGCCAAGGCGCCCUACGUCUUCCCCAUCGUGGGCGGCCGCAAGGUCUCGCACCUGCAGGACAACAUCAAGGCGCUGUCCAUCCGGCUGAGCCCGGAGCAGAUCAAGUACCUCGAGGGCGUGCGGCCUUUCGACCUGGGCUUCCCCACGAACUUCCUGGGGACGGACGUGGGCCAGAAUUUCUUCAUCAGCUCUGCUGCAGAUCUGGAAGAAGGAACUGGGCCUCCAGUCGGCAAAGGGAUCGAGCAGACUACGAGCGACCUUGAAGUUGACGGGGUAUCAGUAGUAAACCCAGCGGCCCCGCAGGUACCAGUCUCUCGUUCGCCAUCAUGGCUCGACAAGACACGACGAUUUGCGAGAAGUCCCAUCGGACUCUAUCUGGUUAUCGGCAUACCCAUGACAGCAUGGUGGUGUGUUGGCAUGGCUCUUCAGAAGGACAAAGACUUCCCGCUCAUCCACACCCUCGUCUGGUUGGGAGUCAUGUGGAGGCUGGCGGCAUGGAUCCGCCCAUUGAGGGCUUUUGUCUCGACACUGGCGGAUCGAGUAUCGUCUAAACUUGUCAGGCCCGGACGACAUAUCCUAUCAAGGAGGUGGUGCCUUGCCUUGGGUGUCUUGGUGACGCUGUGCGUGCUUGCGACGGGUACUUUCGUUCCUAAAGAUAACGAUAGAGGCACUCGAGGACAGCGGGCGCUCAGCGGGCUUGGACUCUUUGUGAUUCUUGGAGGUCUGACCCUGACAUCAAAGAACUUCAAGAUGAUCAAUUGGCAGGCAGUCGUUGUAGGCACAUUAGCGCAGUGUUGCCUGGGCCUUUUCGUGCUCAAGUCUUCGGUCGGCUACGACAUCUUCAAGUUCAUAGUCGACAUGGCUAUCAAGCUCCUGGGCUCCUCCUCGGAGGGCGUCAUCUUCCUGACCGAUGCAGAAGUCGCCAAACUGCCCUGGUUCCUAAUCGGCGUCGCGCCUCCCAUCAUCUUCUUCGUCGCCUUUGUCCAACUCCUGUCUCACUGGGGUGUAACACAGUGGCUUGUCAAGAAGUUCGCCGCCAUCUUCUUCUCUACCAUGCGCGUCUCUGGCGCCGAGGCCGUAGUUGCCGCGGCCUCGCCCUUCCUCGGCCAGGGCGAGUCGGUGCUGCUCAUCCGACCGUACUUGCCACUGCUCACCGCCGCCGAGGUUCACCAGGUCAUGGCAUCAGGCUUCUCUACGGUAGCCGGUAGUGUGUUCUACGCGUAUGUGUCGAUGGGGAUCGACGGGACGGCUAUCCUGAGUUCCUGUAUCAUGAGCAUACCGGCCUCCCUCGUGGUGUCCAAGCUGCGAUACCCUGAAACGGAUGAGCCCUUGACUGCUGGAAAGCUCGAGAUCCCAGAGGAGGCCGUGGAAGACAAGGCACAUAAUGCCCUCGAUGCGUUCUCCAAGGGCGCGUGGCUGGGACUUAGAAUUGCAGGCAUGAUCCUCGCGGGCCUGCUGUGUAUGCUGUCUCUGCUUGCUCUCCUGAACAGCCUUCUUGGAUGGUGGGGAGAGUACAUCAACAUCAAGGACCCACUUCUGAGCGUGCAGUUGAUAAUGGGCUACGUGUUCUUCCCAGUCGCUGCGCUCCUGGGCCUGCAGAAGGACGAGAUACAGCCGAUCGCUCAGCUUAUCGGCACCAAGGUCGUGGCUAACGAAUUUGUUGCGUACAAUUUGAUGAUGCAGGAUCCGGCCUUUUCCGGCCUGACUGAACGCUCUAAGCUAAUCGGCACCUAUGCCCUAUGUGGAUUUGGAAAUCUGGGCGCUCUGGGGAUUCAGAUCGGCAUUCUCACCCAGCUGGCCCCUUCGAGCAGCAAGAGGGUGACAGAGGUUGCCGUUUCGGCGUUGGUAGCAGGUAUCAUGGCUACAUUGACAAUUCAGGGUAACUCGGAUCCUGUAAUUCAGAUCCCUGCAGCUCCAACGAUACCGUAG